UCCCUGCUCCGGCCUCCUCUGCACACGGGACCCCGCCGCUCCACACGAGCCACAGUCGCGGUCACCCGCACCGCAGGACCAUGGCAGCGCCCGAGGAGGAGCGGCACCUGCUGAGCCCCGGGGCAGGCGGCAGGUCCUACCUGGGGGCCGCGCAUGAGGACGGGCUCGGCUCGGUGCAGGGCCAGGGCUCCGCGCUGGAGCUGGGGCAGCGGCGCAGCCUGCACUGCCACAGGCGGGGGGCCGUCGGUCCCCGCGGCCAGCAGCAGCAGGCGCGCAGGAGGCUCUACCUGGCCGCUGGCAUCUGCCUCCUCUUCAUGGCUGGGGAGGCUGUGGGCGGGUACCUGGCGCACAGCCUGGCCAUCCUGACGGACGCAGCGCACCUCCUGACGGACUUUGCCAGCAUCAUGAUCAGCCUCUUCGCGCUCUGGGUGUCCUCACGCCCCCCCACCAAAACCAUGAACUUUGGCUGGCACCGGGCAGAGAUCCUGGGGGCCCUGGUCUCCGUGCUCUCCAUCUGGGUGGUGACGGGUGUCCUGGUCUACCUGGCGGCCCAGCGCCUGCUCUCGAAUGACUACGACAUCGAGGGUGGUGUGAUGCUCAUCACCUCCGCCUGCGCCGUGGCCGUCAAUAUCGUGAUGGGGGUGGCUCUGCACCAGACUGGGCACCAUCACAGCCAUGGGGCAGCCGGUGAGCAGCCCAACACCAGUGUCCGCGCUGCCUUUGUCCAUGUCUUGGGGGACCUGCUGCAGAGCGUUGGCGUCCUCAUAGCAUCCUACAUCAUCUUUUUUAAGCCCGAGUACAAGUACGUGGAUCCUGCCUGCACCUUCCUCUUCUCUGCACUGGUGCUUGGGACAACGCUGUCCAUCCUCCGUGAUGUCCUCCUUGUCCUCAUGGAAGGCACCCCCAAAGGGAUUGACUUCAACGCCGUGCGGGAGGCUCUGCUGGCGGUGCAGGGGGUGGAGGCCGUGCACAGCCUCCACAUCUGGGCGCUGACAGCAGCACAGCCGCUGCUCUCGGUGCACGUCGCCAUCAAUGCCGGUGCCAGCGCGCAGGAAGUGCUGGAGGAGGCCAGUUCCCGGCUGCAGGGCACCUUCCACUUCCACACCACCACCAUCCAGGUGGAGAACUACUCUGAGGAGAUGCAGGACUGCCGGGAGUGCCAGCCGCCCCGCGACUGAGCCUCCCGCAGCCCCCUUGUGUCCCGAGCGGGGCUUCUGACGGCGGCAAAUAAACUGCAGCACAGGGCUGGGUGUGCAGGUGGGGAUGUUGGGUCUGGCACCAUCGGGGCCUUAUCUCGGGUGUCUGCUAGGAGCAAAGGCAA